AUUUAUUCGUCUUUACUUUGCCAUAAGAAAAGCUUAAUUAACCGACGAUGGUAAAGGAUGCCAUCUAAAUAUUUAAAAGAAACGAAAAGCACUUAGGCCUAGUGUAAUGGGAAAAUCAAUAAAUCGCUUUUAUCGUCAAAAAUUCCCAGACUUAUUCGGAAGACCGUUAAAACGUGCAGUUUGAUGUUGUGGAAAGGAAGUUGUGAAAGAUUCUUCCGUACUAUCAUCUUCCUCCUCUUUAUUUUCUAAAUAUCUAUUUCUAUUGGAAAACUUGACUGUUUGUUUAGUUUUAUCCCUAGCAGACAUCCGCUUUGACAAUUGAAUGAGAAGUAAUCGAUAUGGGAAUAAAAGAGUCCCAUUGAGGAGCAUUAACCGUCGCGUGAUCGUUCAUUAAUCCGUACAAUAAGAAUAUCUUGGCAACAACAUGUCCCAGUUUUGUUAGUUUAUUCUCAAAUCCACUCGACAAUGAAUAUCCCUUCGCUAAUAGACGAAUCGACUAAUCUUUACCAAUAUUCAAAGCAAAAGUUCAACAGUACUUUGAAUGGAGAAAAAGAGGAUGUUUCUACAACUAAUCAAGAAAAUAUAGAUUAUAUAAAUUCUUUAAGAGAUCCAAAACUGCUUCAGAAUUUCAAUAAAACGCCUAACAAUAAUAUCGAUUCGGAAAAGGAACCAUCUUUCAAGUCUAGACUAGACUUUUACUCUAAGGAAUUCAAAUUGGUUAGAGAUGAGGAAGGAAAUCUAAUGUUUGUAAAGAACAGCGAAGAAAAUGACUUUGAGAAUGACAUUAUACAAGAAUUUGACGCUAUCACAUUUCUAUUCAAAAAUAGGGAAAUAUUGGACAAGGAUUCGAAUGAAUCGAAUAUGACUGAUCUGAUCAAUAAGCUGGCGGGGGAAGGUGAAGAGGCAGAAGAGCCACUAUCUACUGAGCAAGGAAGAAAGCCUAAAAAAUCUAUUGCCAGUAGAAAAUCUUGGGUUGAUAAUGCCAGUCUUAGCACUGUUGAGGAAAAUAAGAAGGAAGAUAAUAUAGAAAUCGAAGUUAAAAAGCCGGAAGCUCCGGAAAGAGACGAAAAGGAAGGGGAUAUGGAAGAACAAGAAGAGGAAGAUAUUAAUGAAGACAGUUCAAUUGAUUUACCUAAAUUAAUAUGUCCUAGAUCAGAAUUAAAAUCUAAGGAGGCCGGUGUCAGGAUAUGGCUGGAAAAAAAUAGACUUAAAGCAGCAAAAUAUCCCAUAUCUGACUAAGGGCCGCCAUCUAUCGGCUUUACUAGUGUAAAGAAAGACUACGAGCAAAAGAAUAAAUUGGAAAAUAAGAAAGAAGGCGGAAAGAAAGAAAUAGACAGAUAUAAAGAAAGAGCGACAGAGAGAGAGAGAGAGAGAGAGAGAGAGAGAGAGAGAGAGAGAGAGAGAGAGAGAGCGAGGGAGUGUGCGAGUGAUUGUAUAUAUGUGUGAGUGAGAGAGAGAGCGAGAGAAAGAGAAAAAAAGAGAGAUAUGUAGAGAAAACGCUGGCCUAAUUCCUUCAGCAGUGUGAAAAAAAAUAGGCGUUGGUUGAGGGGAUUUGGUAUUUUAAAUACAAUUUGCAGAUAGAUAGUGAAAAUUAAAGUUGUACUCUUUCUCAUGUUUUAUUUGAAAACUAUAGAAAUAAAUGCUCCUAUCAGUUCUGAAGAAAAAUGAAUAAAACACAAAAGAAAAUGUAAUAAAGGGAAUUGUAAGAAAAGAAAAUCAAUUUUAAAAAUUCUACUCGGAGUAGGCCCAAUCUAUUCUUUUUUUUUUCUACUUUACAUAUAAAAGAGGAUGGCCUGACUAUUAAAGCUUGUUCAUUUAACAAAAUAAACUAGUUAAGGCUGCAACAAAUCUCAUUUAACACAUUCCGCUUCUUCCAUUUUUUAUUCGCUACUAACCAGUAAAAGAUAUCAUCUACUUUAUAGCGAAGAAAGAAACGGCAGGGGGGCGGGAAGAGAAGAAACUUAUCAUCUUUAAGGAAGCCUUAGUAAGUUUAAUUGUUAAUAACUUAUUUUCUAAUGAAAUUAGUGAACAAAACCAAAAUGACAAACAUGUUUAAUUUAACUAGUUGAAAAGUAAAUAAUGUAACAUUAAGAUCUUUUAAUACUUGAUAUAAGCCAAUUGAGAUCGAAUUCGUCUCUUAACUUGAAGAUUGACGUUUGAAGAGAAGCAGAAAAACGCGAAUUAUUCUUUUUUUAUUAUAUAUUUAUAUUAUUCAAUAAUCACUUUUACUUUUAACUUUCUUGCAUGUAAGUAUUGGUUUGAAGUUAUUAUAUUAUUUUUUAUUGUUGUUAUUCCUUUAUCAGUUCAAAUAAUGCAUAUAUAUUAUAUAUAUACAGUAUAUAUAUAUAUAUUU